AGAGCACAUCUCCCAUGGUGCACCUCUCUGUUUAUGUAUGACGUACUCUCUCGGCGACGCUAAUGAAAUCCGGAAUAACUGCAAAAGAAGUUGAGGAAGUUACUUUAUUUACCGAUCAAAAAGUGGGAAUACGCCUGUUAUGUGAGGCGCAUAUGGGAGAGCUCUCACAUCGAGUGUACAAUUGAUAUUUAUUUGUACUUAAAGAAGGCCUUGGUUUUUUUCAAAAAUUUCCCGCGGCUCGCCGCGCCAGUGGUGGUUAUCUGGAUGUAAUUGCAGCCUGUCCUGAUGCUCCAAGUGCAGCAAACCACAUAAAUGCACUUUUCGGGGACUUUAUUAAAAUGGACGUGACAGACAUUGGAAACCGAGAAGAGGGGAAACUCAAGCAUCGUAAAGUGGCUUCCGGCAAAGGUGUGGUGUUGACGGUCAUCCGUACAGCUCAGCAGGCAAAGGUGCGUUUUCUCCAUGCUGUCUUUGACGUCACAGGAGAAUCCUUCUUGGCUGGUGAUCACCACGGCAACAUCUAUGCCAUUGACAUAGGUAAAAACAGAUUUCGUCUCGUGCAGAAAACAGGACAGCCCUGCACUGCUUUGGCUAUAAGCUUGACUCGGACCACAGAAUUCCUGGUGGCAUUUGUAGACAAUACCGUCAGGUGUUAUGACCAAGACACAAAACAAAUGGUCGGUUGGAUGCGCGGUCACGAAGGGGCCGUUUCGUCAAUCUCCAUCCAUAGCUUGGGCCGCUAUGCCGUCACCACAUCCUCAGACACUGCUCAGUUGUGGGACCUAGACACGUUUCAGAGGAAGAGAAAGCUCAACGUCCACAAGUCAGUUGGCAUACAAAAGGUUUUCUUCCUCCCUCACAGCAACACCAUCCUCAGCUGUUUCAGUGAUGACUCCAUCUUUGCUUGGGAGAGCACCACGCUGGUGUGCGAAUACCAGCUUCCCGUGCCGGACUUUGGACCUCGGCUCUUCUACAAGACUUUCGCUGUGACCCAAGAUGGUAAGAUGCUGGCAGCUGGGGGAAGGUCCAACCUGCUGCACCUGUGGUGUUUGGACAGCAAAAAGCUGGUCAAGGUGAUCCAGAUGCCCACUCCAAUUCGGACUGUCAGACAGCUGGAAUUCCUUCCUAACAGAUUUGAUGGAACAUCUAGUCAGACUUUGGGUGUGUUGAGUCAAGAUGGAAUUAUGCGCUUCAUUAACAUUAAUACCUCCAAGCUACUCUUUUACAUCGGCUCCCGCAACAACACCAUAAACACAGUAGCUGUCAGCCCCACCGCUUGUUAUGUGGCAGCCAUCUUGGAUGACGGCAGCAUCAGCAUCUUCAGCAUUCAGAGUCUCCUAGAGGAGCUUUCCCUCCCACAGGUGACAAUAGUCUCCGACAAUGUAGAGAAUCAGGCACCGUUAAACCUGAAGGUCAAGUCUGAAACGAUUCAAAGACUUGCCAGUCAUGCAGGUGGGCAGAAGAAGGUGAAGAUCCGUUCCCGCGCUGCUGGAUCUGCAGUAGAAAAUAAGGAGAACCAACUCCCUGGUGGUCUUAACAAGACCCGACUCGUGAGUAUUCUCAAAACAUAUGGAGAAUAUCCUGCGAAAUACAGAACGUUUGUGUGGCGCUCCUUGCUGUGUGUGCCUGACAACUAUGGCGCAUACAGCAGUCUGAUAGAUAAAGGUCUCCACUCAGCCUAUCUCAGCCUUCAUGAGAAGUAUCCUAUCAAAAGCCAAAAGCUCCAGAGGGGGCUGCAGAGGGUUUUGUCCGCACUCUCUCACUGGGCUGCCAUCUUUGGAGAGGCGGAAUAUCUUCCACUAUUAGCCUUCCCUUUUGUCAAGCUCUUUCAGAACAAUCCCAUGCUGUGCUUUGAGGUGGUGGCCACUGUUUUAGUUAAUUGGUGCCAACACUGGUUUGAAUACUUCCCCAACCCUCCUCUGAACAUCCUGAGCAUGGCAGAGAACAUUCUGGCACAUCAUGACCAGGAGCUGCUGCAACACUUGGUGGACUGUGGUAUUACCUCUCAGCUUUAUGUGUGGCCCCUCUUGGAGACUUUAUUCUCAGAGGUUUUAACCCGUGACGAAUGGCUCAGACUCUUCGACAACAUCUUCUCCAACCAUCCGUCCUUCCUAAUUAUGGCAUGUGUGGCUUACCUGACAUGCUGCAGGGAACCCCUCCUGCUCUGUUCACACAAACAGGACUUUGAGUAUUUUUUCCACAAUCGGAACAACUUGGACAUGGAUGCCAUGCUCAAAGAAGCCUACCGGCUGAUGAGUAAAACACCGGCAUCCAUCCAUCCCACAAGAAUGCUCUCUGACUUCACGCCGCUGACCAAAGGCCAGUACCCUGUUUUUAACCACUACCCAGAAUUUAUAAUAGAAUAUCAGAAACGGGAGAUGGAAAAAAUAAGACGGCAAGAGUUGGAGUACCUCCAGGAAAGGCAAGGUUUGAUGGCGAUGCGUUCAGAUUUGGUGCAGCGCCAAGCCGAAGAGGAUGACUUUUAUGUGCAACAGGAGAGGCUAAAGAGAGCUGAAGAGGAGCGCAGAAAAAUGCUGGCACAAGAGGAAGAGAAACUAACAGUGCAUAGGAAAAAUUUGGCAGCCAUGAAGAAAGACCUAAACGUGAAGGAGUUAAAUAUGCUGGAAGAAAACCGAAGGCGUCUCCUCAAACUCCAGCAAGAGCUCCAAGUCUCGCAAAUAAAUAAACUGGACCAGGAGAUCAUGAGGCAGAUAGAACUCCGUGAGCAGGAAUCAACUGCAGCAGUCCAGGAUUUGGACUUAAGGCAAAUGGAGCUGGAAGUACAGCGGAGACACCUUGAGCAGCAACUGUGCAAGGAGCAGCUUCGCAUAGAACGGCAGGUUGAAGACAUGAGAAAGAAGAGCCCACAAAGGGAGAGCACAAAAAAACAGGAGCUGGAGGCCGUCCCUGCGAAAACGCGCCAAUCGGGAUCCGACCGCAACUGGCAGCAGGACUCGAUGGCUGAGUGCCUCCAAAAUGUUGAAGGCCAAAUGAGAAGGCGAAAGCUGGCAGAAGGCGAUAGGCUGACGCACUCACCGAGAGAUGUGACUGGAAGGGAGUGGGACGAUGUGGUGAGUCAGAGGGCACGCUUAGUGGAACGACCGCAGUCCAGGCCUGCAGCAGACACAAGAUAUUUAAGACCAGGUAUCAACACUAACCAUGUUGAGACUGCGACCGUCAGGCCAACCACAUCAAAGAGGGCAGGAAGUAACAUGGCGUGUCUGAACAGCAGCUCCCCUGCAGAGAGCACCUCUACCAACUUCUCAUUGGACAGAGGCCGGGGACAUUUGGACCGCAAAGAGAGAGAACUGAUGAAGGAAAUUAAAGCUCUGAGAGAGAAGCUUGUUGCGAGAGCCAAAGAGGACAGCAUUGACUCAUCAUACACAGGCUCACACUGACUAGUUUGCACUGUAGCUCUAAUAUUGAAACUUGUCAAUUUACUUCAUGAUUCUUGUUCAUGUUGGAUAAUUCAUGUUGUCUUGUGUUACAUUCAACCAUGUUGAUUAUACAUACUGUAUUUUAAAAGCUGUUUUAUAUAAAAUGUUUUUUUUUUUUUUUUUUUAAAUCUAAGGUCGUUCCUUAUGUCCAGGUUACUUAGAUUUGUUGUCGGAACUUUACAAUGCGGGUGAAAUUAUGAGUAAUUUUAAAUUCUAUUUGGAAAGAGUUCCAACUUUAACCUUUAGAUGCGUCAGUGAGUCAAAAAUGACCCGGUUAGGUUGUUUUCUUGAAAUAACUUCGUAAUGUAAAAUGGUUAUCGAUUCAUAUUCCAGGUAUUCCUCAAACAACAUGUUUUUGAUAUAAUGCCAUUCAGUUUUUUAGCUAACCUUUUAUACUUUUGAAGAGAUUGAAAUUUUUGUGUUACUACCCCAAGCUUCCAUAGGUGGGUCAAAAAUGAUCCACAAGAAUUUUCUAUGGAAUCCAAUUGGAACCACCUUUGAUUCUUAUCAACUUUAGCUGUCAGCAAUAAAUUGUGGACCACACAGACUAGGUAUAUAACAAGUGUCACUCCUCAGGAAAUUUAUUUUACACAGCACAAGCUGAUAUGUGUACUGUAUUAUCUUCACAUCGUAUUUUGUGUAUGUGUCUUUCAUGACGGUUAUUAUUUGUCAACAAACUAGCCUACUUCAUAACUUGCUAGCUAACUAAGCGAAUAUUUCUGUAUAUGUAGUGUGUGUGUAUUUAUUUAA